AUGGCAAAAGUGGGAAGCGAAUAUCUAUUGAUUCAACAAUUAGAAUUUAAAGAUUCUUGUGCUUUAAAAAUCGAAUCUUCCGGCAAUGAAAGUGAUUGGAAUAAUGAAGGAUUUGAGCUUGAAUUAAAUAACGCCUAUAAUAUAAUGCAGCACUUGGCUCCCAAAAAAUCACCAAUUAUUUUAGUUUGA